GUCAUUUCGGGUCUCCCCUUCAGAAAACCGGGGAGGCGGUCCACGACUCCCGGUCCGGGUUUUACCUGCGGCGCAAGCUCGCGCUCUCUGACUAGACUCUCCUGAGCUGCGCUCGCACUUCGGUGUCCCGUGCUUACGGAGUUUGCGUCCGUUUCUGUCUUCUUUUGGCAAAAUAAUUCCUUGGACGGGAGGGUAAACAAAAUGAAAGUGUGAAAAACCGACUCUCCAGGUUGAUCGUCGUCGCUUCAGUCUCCGGGAGGCAAUCAUGAGGUCCCCGCGACUUUGGGUUGCGAUGUGUGUGAUGACCGUGUGUUACCAGCUCGGUACUUCCAGCAGACACGGUUGUCUGUUUGAGAAGAGGCUGUGCCCCAGGGAUCAGUUCUGUUCUGAUGAUGGGCUGUUUGGUCAGUGUCGGUCAUCUCAACAGGAGGUGGUGCAGUAUCAGGUUUCUGUUCCUGUGUUGCACAGACUGCAGGAGGUGCUCAAGGAGCUGAUGGUGCAAGGACUGACUUGGAAGGAUGACAUCACGCAGUACAUAAUCUCUCAGGAGCUGAAAGACGUGCCGUUGGCCCAACCCCCACUGAAGCCUGGGAGAAGCGACCCUGACAAGCUGUCUGAGCGCUCAGAGUCCGCCCCUAAGCCCCGGAGGGGGACGCCCAGAGUGCAGGGCAAGCAGAGCCAACAGCCCGACUCCAACGAGGUCCAGCGCUACCUGGACUACACCAUCGUGGAGCCGCCCCAGUCCCCUCUACACAUGCAGAACCUGGACCCAUACACAUACCAGCAGAAGUACACUUACCAAGACGAGCAGGAGCGCUCGCUGAACUCGGUGAACGGGGGGCGAUACCCGCGGCCCUCGUCUCGUGCGGGGCCCAGUCGGGGCGCCCGUCCUCAGUAUCAGGACUAUCAGGACAUCCAGGGCCUGUUGUCCCUCUAUCAGUCCCCUCCUGCACCGCCAGCCUCCCGCCACCGGGUGGCAGCACCCCUCUCCUCUUCCUCGUCCUUCUUCCCUCUGGACUACACAGAGGACUACAUCUCCCAGGACCUGGAGGUCAGCAAGCAGCAGCAGCUGGAUAAGAAGGCCCCCCAGGACUACGGCCCUCUGUCAGAUCUAGAUGAUGACAGCCUGCAGAAGGUGAAGUUCCUGCUGCAGAAGUCCGGCGUGUCGCUGAGGGACCUGACCCCCGACCAGCUGGAGAGUCUGUCCGAGGCGCUGGACAUGCUGCAGAUGGACAGCGUGGACGCAGACACACACACGCAACAGGACACACAGGGUGAGAAAAAUGGAGACUCCAGCCCUAAAAAAGUGCUGAAGCUCACCGAGGGCUCGAUGACUCACGUCCUGGAGAAAGCCUCUGCCCCCAAGCCAUCUGCCCCAGGGUCCCAGGACGCCCCAGAGGCCCCCAAAGCCACCCCACCUGCCCCAGCACAAGCCACCCCACAGGGGCCAGCCGCGCCAGCACCGGGGGUCCUCCAGAGCAAGAUGGCCGCCGCCGCAGACCCGAAAGACGAGGUGCCCAGCCACUACAGGGAGGAGUACGGAUAUAUAGUCACCAACCAGAGCCCCCUCAGUCUGUAUGAUGGGGUUCACCUGCUGGAGACUCUGGCCAGGAAGAUCCACCUCACCCCCCCCACCUUCAUCAACAUCAGUGUGGUGGGUCCAGCACUCACGUUCCGUGUGCGGCCCAACGACCAGAACGUCACGGCACAGGACGUCUCGGACAAAGCAGUGGAGGAGAAGAACUUCCUGGAGUCCGAGACGGGUCUGAAGAUUCUGCAGGCUGGUGUGGGGGAGAAGAAUGGCGGCCGUGCGUUGCCCGUGGCGUCCAGGGUGUCACGUGAGGGCGGCCGCUGGGUGUCACUCACUCUGGUGGGCGUGGCCUGUGUGGGGGGCAUCCUGGUGGGGGCGUUGACCAUCGCCUGCCUGCGCAACCACGCCCACAAUCUGGCCUCCGCCAAGCUGGGCCUGGGACCAGAGGCUGGGGGCGUCACACACUUCGAGUACCAGGAUCUGUGUCGUCAGCACAUGGCCUCUAAGGCUCCGCUGGGCCGAGCGGAGAGUAGCAGCGUGGGGUCAGCAGGUGGCGCUGUGAGCGCAGGUGGCCCUCGCGGGGCAGUUGGGGGUGUUGGGGGGGCAGUUGGGGGUGUUGGGGGGGCAGUUGGGGGUGGCGGAGGGGGGGCAGGAACGGACACGUCGCGCGUGAGCAGCGUCUCGUCUCAGUUCAGCGACGCCCCCCAGCCCAGCCCCAGCUCGCACAGCAGCACCCCCUCCUGGAGCGAGGAGCCAGCGCAGUCUAAUAUGGACAUCUCCACUGGACACAUGAUACUGGCGUACAUGGAGGACCACCUGAAGAACAAGGACCGUCUGCAGAAGGAGUGGGAGGCGCUCUGUUCCUACCAGGCCGAGCCCAGCGCCACCGCCGCCGCCCUGAGCGACACACACGUCAAGAAGAACCGCUGCCCCGACGCCGUGCCCUAUGACCAUUCCCGAGUGAAACUGAAGGCUGAGGGCAACCCCUCUAGAACGGACUACAUCAACGCCAGCACUAUAAUUGAACAUGACCCUCGGAUGCCUGCUUACAUCGCCACCCAGGGCCCACUGUCACACACCAUCUCCGACUUUUGGCAGAUGGUUUGGGAGAGCGGCUGCACUGUAAUCGUCAUGAUGACCGCACUAGUGGAGGACGGAGAGAAGCAGUGUGAUCGCUACUGGCCUGAUGAGGGAUCCUCCCUCUACCACAUCUAUGAGGUGAACCUGGUGUCGGAGCACAUCUGGUGUAAUGACUUCCUGGUGCGGAGUUUCUACCUGAAGAACGUGCAGACGCAGGAGACGCGCACUCUCACGCAGUUCCACUUCCUGAGCUGGCCUGCCCAGGGCAUCCCCACCUCCACACGCCCCCUGCUGGACUUCCGCAGAAAGGUGAAUAAGUGUUACCGAGGACGAUCCUGCCCCAUCAUCGUGCACUGCAGCGAUGGCACCGGACGCACGGGCACCUACAUCCUGAUCGACAUGGUGCUGAACCGCAUGGCCAAAGGAGUGAAGGAGAUCGACAUUGCUGCUACCCUGGAGCAUAUCCGAGACCAGAGACCAGGAAUGGUGCGCACCAAGGACCAGUUUGAGUUUGCUCUAACUGCCGUAGCUGAAGAGGUGAAUGCCAUUCUGAAGGCCCUUCCACAAUGAGACCAGGCCCAACAGAACACCUGCUACACACACACACACACACACACACACACACACACUUUCUCUGUCUCUCUCUCUCUCUCUCACACACACACAGACACACACACACAUGCACACUUACCUAUUAUUUUUCUAGUGCCACUUACAACAUUGCCAAACUUACUAACACUCUCUCUUGUGCUAUCAGAAAGCCUGCCAAUCAGAAAUCACACACACACACAUAGCCACAUGGUGAUACCUUUGCCCUUACAAAGGGAAGCUUGUGCCAGCAAAUACAAACACAUACCUCAUUCUCACUCCCACACACACACACACACACACACACACACUAUCUGCCUAUAGUAGGUGUAAGCGUCAGAAAUGUAAUUGUCAGGAUUGACUUCCUCUCUGGGGCUGAGGCAGAGAUGUUUACUGUGCUUGCCUCUCUACCGACAUUAUCUUCUGUUUUCCUCUCGUUGCCGCGGUGAUCGCCAUGGUGAUGCAAACCUGUCCUUUGCUGCGCCUUGAUUGGUGUUUGAAAUGUUCUCCCUGUAGCCCUCCCAUGUCCUGAGAGCCAAUCAGAGAAGCCGAGAGAGAGAGAUUGCCUUGAGAGAGAAAAAGAGAGAAAGACAUAGAGAAAAAGAGCAAGAGAGAGAGAGAGAGAAAAAGAGAGAGAGAGAGAGAGAGAGAAAAGGAGAGAGAGAGCAAUUGCCUGAUAGGUACUCCCUCAGGAACCUCCUACCACACAUACAAACACUAAAGUCUCAAGGAAAAAAACACCUCCUGAAUGCUGCGUAUUUUUAGGUUAUUAGCUUAGCUUAGCGACAUCAUCAGUCCACACAGAUUCUACUUCCUCCUGCAUGAAGGAGGCACAUUUAUCCAGCAGUCUCCCACACACACACACUCACACACGCGCACACACACACACACACCCCUCAGUGUUAAGCCCAUGGUCUCCAUGUUGUUGACCUUUCUCUUCCUCGUUCCUGGAUGACCCUGAGAUGCUAACACAGCGUCCGUAGAGGUCGCUCAGGAUUCUCUCUCUCUCCGUCACCAUGGAGACAGAGGAGCUACAGCCGAGGAUUCUGGGAAGGGCACGUAUCACCUGAUUGAUGAAGCCAUGUCUCAACUGUGGCUGCAUGUUUACCGUUCGCCAGAUCAGUUCACCAAAUCGCUGCCCUCGCCAGACUGAAAGGUUUACAAAUUGUGUGGUUUGUUUUCUAGUGCAGGUUGGCCACCCUCUCUAGUGUACAGUAGCUAGGGAACCGUUGCUUAUGGAGGGAGAUCUCCUCCCCUGAUCAUUCUCAGUGUCUCAGUCUCCAGGGUCCAGUCACAGCCUGGUCUCAAUAACAUGUCACAUCACAGCUGAGGAUAGACGGCGUCUCAGGUUCUACUUUCAGUGUUUGGGUGUAGAUCUGCUGAACUGUGGAUGGGUUUAGAUCUGCUGAACUGUGGAUGGGGGAUAUUUAGUAGAUCUGCUGAACUGUGGAUGGGUUUAGAUUUGCUGAACUGUGGAUGGGGGAUAUUUAGUAGAUCUGCUGAACUGUGGAUGGGUUUAGAUUUGCUGAACUGUGGAUGGGGGAUAUUUAGUAGAUCUGCUGAACUGUGGAUGGGGGUAUUUUGAGUGUGCUAAGGCAGGUGGUUCUUGUUGGUUCUGGUUGGUUCUUUUGGGUUCUCAGGUGCCCAAAUUGUCCAAGUGCUGCAGAAAGAAGCGGAACGUAGCUGGUUCUGUAGAGCGGCGCUCUGUGUCUCUCGGUUCCUUAUGGUUCCUCUUGGUUCCUCUGUCUCUUUCCUGUGCUGCGAAUAGACUCCUGUUCCGCUUUACACGUCAACUCGUCCUUCCUUCCUUCCUUUGGCGACGCACUCUCCUCGUACCGUAGAUGAUUUAUGGUUGUGUUUUCUCUUGCAAAUGAGUAAAAAAUGAAAUAAAAAGAUCUAAAGCUAUGUAUUUCAGUAAAGAUGAUAUAUCUAUUUUGUAUCUCGAUGUGAUGAUUAAUAAAAAUUGUGUGUGAAGUGAUGCAACUGCA